UGCAUGGGGGGGAGGAGGAGAGGAGGAUAUAUAUGCUGGUGUGGUUGAGACGGCGGAACCGAGCCUCACAUCCGAGGGAGCCGGGCUACUGACAGCUCUCAGCAUCUUGCCUCCCGCUCCUGCACCAUGAAAACCCUGCUCUGUGACCUCCUGCUGCUCAGCCUCUUCUCCAGCGUGUCCAGCAGCUGUCAGCAGGACUGUCUGACCUGCAGAGAGAAGCUCCGCCCAGCUCUCGACAGCUUCGACCUCGAGGUGUGCAUCCUCGAGUGUGAAGGGAAGGUCUUGCCCAGCCCUCUCUGGACCCCAUGCACCAAGAUCAUUGCCAGGGGCCCCUGGCAGCUCAGCCCUGCUGACCCAGAGCACUUGGCAGCUGCUCUUUACCAGCCAGGAGCCUCCGAGAUGCAUUUGAAGCGAAUGCCCCGUGUCAGGAGCCUUGUCGAAACACAGAAGGAGACAGAGCCUGGCACGGAUGAGGCUGGAGAGGAGCAGAAGCAGCUGCAGAAGAGGUUUGGGGGCUUCACCGGGGCCCGGAAGUCGGCCCGGAAGCAGUACCUGGUCCUGAGUCUGCAGUCCAGCCAGCGCCGGCGCACCCUGAACCGGAAUGGUAAUGUGUAGCCGGAAGGGGAGCCCCUCCCAGCUGCACCGUCCACUUCAACCCAUGAGUGUCCGGGUGAUCCCCAAAACAGCAUGUCGCCAGGCCCAGACCUGCCGGCUGGGCAUCCGGAUUCCUCCCUUCCCACGGCACUGAGUCAGGCUUCGCCUCCA